AUGAACAGAUUUUCAUCUCGGCGUCUGGACAAUAUCAAACGGAAUCAUGAGGUCUUGACCGAACUCGGAGCAGUGGCGCAGGCCGAGGCGAUCCACCGGUCGAGUCACCCGGACAGAGUCACCAGCGGCACGAAAGAUGCGCGUGCCACCAAGAGGAGGCGAGUGCAGAAGCCGACAGCCUCAGCUGUUCCCACUCGCACUUCAGCCCGGAUAGCAUCAGCUCCGGUCAGGCCAGAUUACGAUGACGAUAGGGGCACCACCGACGCUGGAGCAGGGACCAAAGCGCCAUCAAGAAAGGCCGGCAAGAAAGGAAGGGCCACAAAAAGCCGCGGGCAGCCCGACGACGACAGCGGAAGCCCUGAUGCCAUCCAAGACGACCUCACAGGGGACAUCACCGCCCUCGAGGCCUCCUGGUCCUCGUGGACGCCCACAGAGCCGCCCCCCGACCGCGACGAGACAGGCGUGCUCCACUUCGCCUCCCACCCGGGCUUCACGCCCAACAAGACGCCAGCCGAGGUCCUGCGCGAGGGCGCCUUCGGCGGGUCCUACUUCCGGCCCCUGUACUCCAAGAAGCUGCGCACGACCGUCUCGGGCGACCACGCCGAGCUCCCCGCGGCCUGGACGGCGGGGCUCGACGCGGCGCGGUACCUGACGGCGCCGGGGUACGACGCGGACGCCAACAAGUUCAAGGUCGCGUGCGGGCAGAGCAUCGAGGAGUGGGAGGCCGCCGGGUGGAUCGACCACCGCUUCGACGCUCGGGGUUGGUUCCAGUGGUACUGCCGCUUCUACCGGGGGCGGCGGUGCGCCGACGACGACAGGCAGGUCGGGCGGUGGAGGCGGUGUGUUGGCGAGACGGGGCGGUGGCGGCGCAUGUUGCUUAAGAAAUAUGUCGCCGCUGGGGUCCGGGAGGUCUGGGACGACGGGGCUGAUGAGGAUGCGCCCGAGGUCAGCCCUGUUAUGCAUCAGACCUGCCAUCAUUGGGCCUUUGAGGUCACGCAGGAUGUUUUGGAUGAGUAUUGGAGGACUGGGAGGUGA